GUUUCAUUGAUGUUUGAAUAAAGUUUUUCAGAGAGGAAGAUGGCCGCGUCCGUAACGCACCGCUCUUAGCGUGUUUAUAAAACAUAAUAAUUCAUGCGCUGGGUUGUCCAGCAGCUAAAGUAAGGAUGAGCCGCUCAACCAGCCUCCUGCAGCAGAUGACCAUCUUCAUGACCGCAGUGACUGGCAGUGGCUGCGCUACCAUGUACUACCUCAUGCAGAAAAACUUUGCUAAAUCAGAGUACUACCGUCAGGCUCUUGAGCAGCUGAACAGUAACUCCACAGCCAUGGCCAGUCUGGGAGCUCCUCCUCUGAAGAUACACAACAUCCAUCUGUCUGACCGACACAACCGCAUUGACCAAAGCAGCGCUCAGCUCAAGAUUCCAGUCACCGGGUCCAAGACUGGAGGUUACCUUUACACAACAUCCACCAGAGACUCUCUGACGAACAGUAGAUGGCAUCUGCAGCAGGUCGUCCUGAAGCUCAGAGAAGGAGACACUGUUGAGAUUUUCAACAACACACAAUCUGAAGAGUGACUUCAGAAACAACAUGAUACAGAGACAACAAAUGCUAAUGGACACUUCCUGGUAUUUUUUUCUUUUUCUUUUUAGUUUUUAUUGCAAAUUGGGAAGAAAUGUUAAGCCCUGUAUAGAAUAAAAACAAUAUUGACAUUUUAUUCAAACACACACCUAAUAAAUACAGACAAACUAA